AAAAUGAUUACACUAUUCCUUAUUCGGAUCAAGUUCCUAUUAUUUUUGCCCCGGGGACUGUUAACUGGCGUACACAGUUCAUAGGAAGUAAAGUACCGGAAAUGGCGUUGAGGCCUCCCGGGAUAACGCCAUGAUCCAGGAUCCUCACUUCACCCAGUGUGCGAGGCAAGGCAGCAGGGAUGCUAACACGAUUACACCGUGCAGACAGUGCUUGAGCUGCUAGGUAUUUGCUAGCUGACAUAAAGCUCGCAGUGCAGCAAAAGGAGGCAGAAAGAAACAAUAACUAAUCGAGUUUGUACACCUAAGAGACGCAUAAACGCUGUUGCUCCACCAGCCUCCGAUAACCUGGUCAUUUUUCGUCGAAAUGUCAGCUUUUUCCGAGGCUGCUCUAGAGAAGAAACUAUCGGAGCUUAGCAACUCUCAGCAAAGUGUGCAGACCCUGUCACUGUGGCUCAUACACCACAGAAAACACUCCCAAACUAUUGUCACCGUCUGGCUCAACGAACUUAAAAAAGCUCAGGUGUCACGCAAGCUGACCUUUGUCUACCUGGCCAAUGAUGUCAUCCAGAACAGCAAGAGGAAAGGACCAGAGUUCACCCAGGACUUUGCACCCAUCAUCGUGGACGCCUUCAAACAUGUGUCCAGGGAAGGAGAGGAGAGCUUUAAGAAGCAGCUUGGCCGGGUGCUGUCUAUCUGGCAGGAGAGGGCUGUGUAUGAGAAUAGUCUCCUGGACCAGCUCUCGCAAGUCCUAUGUAAGGACACUCACUCACUCUUAAUUGUGUAUGAUACUUUCUUAUUCAUGCAAACACAUUUUCUCUCUUUGACUGGUCUUGCAGACGGAGAGAAAAAGGCAAAGAAGAGGUCCUAUGAAAAGAUCCAGAUGGACGAGGAGGACAACAACUUUGCUUCCCAGAGCUCUCCUACAGAAGAGCCCCCACAGACGGCGGAGUUGAUCCGGGCGCUGCAGGAGCUGGAGAACGCCGCCUCUGGAGACUCGGCCCUGCGGAAACGCAUCUCGUCGCUGCCGGCCGAGGUGCAGGACGCCUCCCUGCUCCACAGGAUCACGGACAAGGAGUCGGGGGACCGGCUUUCUGGGCUGGUGGAGGAGGCCUGCAUGCUGCUGGCUGACUACAGCGGCCGCCUGGCUGCCGAGGUGGAUGACCGGAGGCAGCUGAUGCGCACGCUCACGCUCUUCCUGCACAGCCAGAAGGACGGCCUGGCUCAGAACGAGCAGAAACUAGAAGAAUACAAACGCAAGUUGGCACGGGUAACCCAGGUCCGGAAGGAGCUACGGUCUCGUCUUAGCAACCUCCCAGGAACUCGCUGAAAGUCCACCACAAACUGCUGUCCUCAACCCCCCCCCCCCCCCCCCCCGUGUAUUUCGACCUAUCCAUGUCACACUCCCUGAUCGAAUCACCUCCCUGUUAUCAAUGUUUAAUAUUCUCCACAUUCCCCCUGUCCUCCCCUCUUCUGGUCAGGGAUAUCUGUCAAGCAGUGUGGAUAGUUCAAAACCUGCCAUACCAUACCUGGUCUCUUCUUUCCAAGUCACAAUGAGAGAAAGGCCUAUACAUCAAGUCAGAGGGUUUCCUUCCACUUCCCAGCUGUUUUUUCCCCCUUUAAGUAAUACAUAAGUAACUGUUAAUACUUCAGAGGUUUGCCUCCUACCUUUAAGACCUUGUGUAGGAUUCUGAUUGAGUUUAACCUUGUCUGGUCCCAAGUGACGGUGGCUUCCUUGAGAUGCUCAAAAUGAUGGCGUUAAGAUAUUUUUGUAUUUAUUGUUCCAUUCUAUGACUUGCCCAAUGUUGUGUGUGUAUGCGUUAAUUCACGAGUUUCAGUAUUUUUCCAAUUGCGAUCAUAUGUUGCAUUCAUAAGUUGUUAAUGGUUGAUUACGAGUGAUGUGGUUAGGCAUAGGGGUCGGGAAGUCUGGUUUUAUACAACAUGAAAAAGGCCUUUAAAAGAUUGAUGCGUUUAACUUGAAUGAAGUGCUCUGGAAGGAAAUAAAUGUCUUGGAUUAUAUUUUACACAAAAAACUGGGAGGAGUGUGUUUGCAUUGUAAAUAUUAUUCAAAGUUGCUUGUAAAUCCUAACUUGAUUUACUUGUUAGUUUGUAUGAUUUGUGUCCCAUCUUGACAUGCAUGCUGUGGGAGUUUAUUAUGAGGAAAUGAGGCUCUUCCGAUCUUCCUAGGUUGAAAGCCAGUAACUGUAGUUGCUAUAACCUCCACUGUGGUGAAAUAAUUAAGGAAGACAGCCUUUGUGUUCUUGUUUUUCUGUAUCAUUACUGCUCUGCUUUACAUAACUUUCUGACUGAAUGAUACCCAGUUGCCUCAUACAUACAUGCCUGCAUGCAUGUAUGUUUUCCUCAGACAAAUCCAGGCUUAUGGCACCCAUUUUGAUUUGUACAUACGAAGCAAAUGCUUUUUAGAACCAAAUAAAUAAGAACACUAUACCAAUG